GUAGCCCACAAUGCCUUGCAGGGUAUUUCCGGUCAGAUGAUGCCGGAAGUAGAUAGCUGAGAUGUUUUGUGGCAAUACAUUUUUAUAAAGGACGCAAACCUUUAAAACCGUAACUGGAAAAACAACAAUAAAGCAGAUUGUGCCCAGUGCUCGUGGAUGGAAGUGGAGAGAGCCAGAGAGAUGGGUCCUGAGAGAAUCUUCCCAAAUGCAGAGGAGGAGCUGGGGCAUGAACGGCCGCCCGAGGGGGGAGGGGAGUGGAGCGAAGAUGAACUGGAGGAGGAGGUGGGUGUGGAGGUGGAUGAGGAAGAGGGAGCGGCAGGAGGAGGCUACUACUACCAGCCCCUGAACCAGGACCCCGACUCGGGUCAGCACGCUGUCAGCCAGACUGCCCAGCUCGAAGACACAGAGACCCAGGUGCAAGGCAUACAGGAGAGGAUUCAGGCGAUGGGGUUGCACCUCCCCCAGCCUCCUCCUCCAGACAGCGAUGAAGAGGAGGACCCCGAGGAAGCUGUCGCUAAGAGCAGUCGCAGCUCCAUCCCUAUGGACCCCGACCAUGUGGAGCUGGUGAAGAGGACAAUGUCUGCGAUUAAUCUUCCCUCGCUGGGCAUCCCAUCCUGGGCCAGAGAGAUCUCUGACGACCAGUGGAAGGACAUGGUGCAGCAGACAAUCGAAUCCCGGCAACCUGCGUCAGCCUUGAAGCUGGAGAGAAAGUGAGGGCCAGUGUGGGUGCACAGUAAACAGCCAUUCAAAAGGGGUCCUGGGGCAUACUGCAGUUCAUAAUAAGAAAGAAUCUGAUGUCAGAUUCCUGAUUUGGGCCAGCCUCUCUUAUUCUGGUUUUGAAUCACAGUUGUAAUGUGAUGGUGUAUUACAGUGAAACAGAACAAAAGCCAUUGCUGUUUUGUUUUUCGUAUUCCUCUCCUCGUGGUUGUAAAAUGUAUUUUUGAUGUAAAUGUAUGUUUGUCUAGGAUUAAUGUAAUAGCCGAAUCCUAAUUUCUGGCCGCAUCCUUUUCAUAUUCCAGUAAAAGAAUGUAGAUUACACUAUAGCUUCUAAUCAUAACGCCACAGGAUGUUUUUCUUUGUUUAGAAUUCAUUAUUUUAAUGCAUAAAGAGUUAAAAUAACUGAAUGAAUACAAACUAAAAAAUAAGUUUGUAAAAAAGAUUGAUUAUCCAUGCUUCUUGUUUUCAUUGCCUUGUUAUCGGGUGUUGAUUGCACAUCCAAUGGCUUGCAAAUGGACCAUACAUCAUGAAUGUUCAUAGAGUACUGUAGUUAUUUUGUGAAUGAGGAUAGCCAGACAACUGGGACGGGCCCCCAGAGGGGUCAUGUGGGUUAUUUACUCAAUGAACGUUCAUGGUGCAUUCUGCUUAUAUAAGGACAGUGUUUGAAAAGAAAGUAUGUUUAAGUCUGAAUUUCUAAAAUGAGGUCAGGUAAGAAAUAUUCACUCGGGACCGCCGAAUAUGAAAACAUUUUUUGAUGCUGGCUAUCUCCACGCUUGUUCUAAAAAAAGUGAGUGAAACUAUAUAUGGUAACUGAUGUUGGACCAUGCUAACAAAUUCAAUGCUUAAAAAUGGACCUAUUCUAAGCUUUUAACUUCUCACAAUAUUGAAUGGUUCAUUUUUCAAGUAAUGGAUUUUUUUUUAGACAUCUAAAGAUUAUUUGUACGGUGUGUUGUGAAGUUUAAUGGCCAAGGAAUUGCAUUUUCGGUCAGCUUCCCAAUGUUAAUAUGUUCUCUUUGCAAUUUUUAUUUUACAGAUAGUCUCAAUGUAUAGACGUUUUGACCUUGGUUUGUUCUUGGGAGGCAGUGGAAAUCAAUAUUGAUUUCCAUGUUGGUUAUAGUUAAAUUGCUGACUCUUGUGAAGAGAAUUCUUUUUUUUUUUCCCCCAUCAGCUUGGUACAUACCAAUUCAGAAUAACCAAUAUAAAUCAAACUCAUGUAUUUUAUGUGGAAAUAGAAAAUGCUCCACAGAAAUGUGGAAGUCUGUUAACCGGAUCAAUAACACAUACCCAUAAAACAUGUUCUUUUUUAAGCAGA